AUGUCUAUUGAGCUGAUGAAUAACAUUAACAAUGAUAACAAUGUUUCACCCUUAUCAUCCAAUCGUCGUCAUCGUCGAUUAGGCGAGAUCACUUGGCGGAAGCGGGAAGACUACUACAAGAUUUUAAAUAGCAUCGGUAAAGGAUCUUUUGGUCAAGUUGUUUUGGCGGUUGUUUUGAAGUCAAAUACGUCAAUCUUAUAUCCUGAAACAUAUAAAAGGGGAACUCUAAUGGAACCGCUAAAGGAUUCUAUGUAUCGAGUUCAUACUUUGGUUGCAAUUAAAAUUAUGAAGAAACAAAUGACAAAUUAUAAUCGAGUUAAAGAAGUCAUAUGUAUUAAUGCUAUUCCCUCACAUUCAGCGUUAGUGCAAAUCUUUGAUAUCUUCAUCGAUAGUACCACGGGGCAAUUGCAUAUUGUUAUGGAAACUAUGAAUCAAAACCUUUAUCAAUUGAUGUCUCACAGGAAACAUACACUGUUUUCAAGUGACACUUUAAAAAGUAUUCUAACUCAAUUAUUAAGUGCCAUAAGACAUAUCCAUCGGCAUGACUAUUUUCACAGAGAUGUCAAACCUGAAAAUAUCUUGGUAAUUCCUACUUUCCAAUACUAUGGUGAUAAAGCAAAUAUUCCUCCUUAUCGUGACAAAGACAGCUAUAUUAUCAAAUUAGCCGACUAUGGUUUAGCUCGUCAUAUCGAUGAUCAAAGACCGUAUACAGAGUAUGUGGCUACAAGAUGGUAUAGGUCUCCGGAGAUUUUACUAAGAAAGAAAUGGUAUUCAAAACCUUGUGAUAUUUGGGCUUUUGGUACAAUCGCCAUCGAAUUGACUAAUGUAGCUCCAUUAUUUCCUGGAAAGAAUGAAUUGGACCAAAUAGGAAGAAUUUUAAGUGUUUUAGGAAAUCCAAUUCCACCAUCUGAUUCAAACUUGAGUAACCAUGUUCGGGCUCCUCUAGGAGGUUAUUGGAAAGAAGCAUAUUCUCUCUCCAAAAGUUUAGGGAUUGAAUUACUUCAUACUGAUGGAUUGAAAAUGCAAGAUAUCAUACCUUAUGAAACACAUCAUGACUUAGCCAAAGUUGCGAAGGCUUGUUUAACUUGGGAUCCAGUUACAAGAGCAGAUGUUGAAACCUUAUGUGCAAUGUCUUAUUUUAAAGGAACAUGUUUGGCAACUAAAUACGUGGAACCAGAGAGAAUUUUUACAUCAACCAACCCAAAUCAACUACUUAAUGAUCAUUCUAAUCCCAUUGCUAAUACGUUAGGGGAUCAGACUUUAAAUAAAAGUCUUUACAACUCUGACUUCUGCCCAUAUUCUUCAACUGAUAGUUACGUUGAUAGUAAAAUUCAUUCUCCAAUGGAAAAACUAAAACCAUUGAGAAUAUUUGAAGAUAUUGAUGAUGGGUAUGAAUAUGAAUUCCAAUCUACAAAUGGUUCAGAAUUACAUCACAAUAGUUAUAAUUUAAUGGGAGAAUUCAACCUUUCAGGUUCUAAUCGGGAUAAUUAUGAUCAUCCCAAUUCAAAUUCCAGUGAUUACGAAUCGAUUGAGUAUAUUAAUGAUCAACGAAGAAAGGAAGAAGAUGAAGAUGGCAAUGAUAUUGAUCAUGAAAGGUUAUUAAACAGUACAAUUGAAAAAGAACCUGGUUUCGAUGUUUCUGUCAGCUCAAGUGUUAUCCGAGAAUACUUGGCCGUUCCAUCACAAAAUGGCAAUUAUUCUUACCCCUUAUCGGAAUCUUACAACAUUAAUAAUAAUAAUGAAGAUGCCGGUAAUUUAUCUGAUUAUUGGAGAAGCAUACCUGAUACUAAUCAAACUGAAUCUCAACUACUCAAUAAUAUGCAAGAGAACGAGUACACUUGUAUCACACUGCUUAGUCAAUUAUGUAAAGAAAAAGAUACUACAACUCCUCGGGGUAAUGAGAAUGAAAAUAAUACUACAAGGUACGAUACCAAGUUGCAACAACGUGCUACAAAAGCAGGUGGCAGUGGUUUGAUGUCGCUUUAG